AUGGCGAUAGUAUCUGAUGACGAGGUUCCAUCCGAGCGAGAGGUCUACACUUCCGACACCACCAGCACCGACGACGACGAUUUCCAGCCCUUUGCGCUGCCUGACGUCGGAGUAGAGCCUACUGAUGGCCUUCCUGUCGGGGACUUACCACUUGCGGUGAUCCCUGCUCCUACACCGCUUGCUACUUAUCCAGUUGUUGAUAUGCCCCUCGAUGUCGUUUCUAACGACGAUGUCGAUCUGUUUAAGGAGGACCCACCUGAGGCUGACCAUGAGGGCGGGGCCCCUAUUGUUGCUGAUGUCAUCUUACCCAUUGCUGAUGCUCCUGCAGAGGAGGGAGAGCAGCAUCACUCUCACGACGCCGACCCAGACAUGGCGUUAUCAGCUGCACCUGAGCAUGACCCUGUUCAUGACGAUGCACCCGCUGUUGGCCCUUUUAUUGAUGAUAUACCCAUUGCCAAUCAACCUAUUGUUGCUCCACCGUUGGUGGAUGAUCAUGUUGUUGACGCUCCUGUUGACGCUCCACUCUUGAUGGAGGAUCAUGUUGUUGCACGACUUCCUGAUCCCGUGCCGGUGCUGUUCGACCGUGCACCUUUUACUGCCCAUAUAGAUCCACGAUACGCUGACACCCGCAAUGGGUGGAUAGAUGAUGACGACGAUUACCCACCAUUUAUGUUCCCUGUUAAACCCCCUGACAUACCGCCACCGCGUCCUGGAGAGGGGUCAUCUAGGCAGCCGCCUGUUCCUGUUCCACCCACGCUGUCAUCCCCUUUUCCAUUCGCGUCUCAGUUUCCCACUGUUGCACCACCUACUGCAUGA